GUAAUAGUUUAUCAAGCACUGUGGAGGUCGCGUCCGCUUGAAAAGGGCCCAAAACCUCCCUCGUCGCCCGCCGCUUUUACGAUCACGUAGCGAACUUUAAAAAAUAUUCCUGCCGCACAAUUCAGGGUGAAGCGGGUGGGAACAGCAAAAACGCGGAAGCUUCUUUUUAAAGGGUCUUUGAAACUUCUGUAUGCUCCAUCGCUCUCUCUCUCUCUCUCUCUCAUACAGAGAAAGAAAGCGCGAGAGAUCCUUUCCAGAUUUCCAGACGUCCCAAGAAAGCAAGGCAAGAAAGGGACGGGCGUGCGCCGUUGGCCGCAGAUCGCUGACGCUAGAGCGCAGCACAUGUCGGAACAAUCGACGGAAAUGGUGGACGUGUUAGCUGAUUGACAGGGACUGGAGUUUGGUCAAGUUUUCUUCUACCCUGAUUCACGCCCAGACAGCAGUUUAGCUCCAGCGGCGUACUCCGCGAAUAGAAGGCUGUUUUUGCAGACAAAACUCCAGAAUGUUGCCCCAUCACUUCGUUGCAUCGUUGCUGUUGUUGACGUGUGGCUUGUUGAAUAUGAUGGGAGCUCGGGCCGAAGUGUUCACAGCACUCGUGGAUCUGGAGAAUUUGCUCCACACAGAGGGAGCCAUUGUGAAGACGCUCCAGAGGUAUCUAGAUACGGAGGAAGAAAGGCUAAUGAAAAUAAGGAGACUUAGGGAAGGGUUUAGGAAACUCCACAAUGCAGUCAGCAAGGAUGCUGAAGAUUUUGUGACCAAUCCAGUGAAUGCCUUCCUGCUGGUCAAGAUGCUAACAGCAGACUGGAAGGUGGCAUCUGCACUGAUGUCAAGUGCUGCGGGGAGACAAAUGGUGGAGAACAUUACGCAGGCUGGGAGGUUCAGGUUUCCCGACGAGGAAGACUUGACUGGAGCAGCAGUCGCCCUCCUCCGGCUCCAGGACACCUAUCGCCUGGACACUGCAAGUCUGGCGAGGGGAGAGAUACAGGGUGUGAAGCCCUCACCCGAACUCUCCGCCGGGGACUGCUUCGAGCUCGGCCGUCAGUCUUACAACAAUGAGGACCACUACCACACGGUGCUGUGGAUGCAGGAAGCUCUGGACAGGGUAGAUGAGGAAGUCACCAAGACCGCCGACCGUGUGGAGAUUCUGGAGUAUCUGGCGUUUUCGACAUUUCAGCAAGGCAACACUCGGCAUGCACUGAAGCUUACGAAUGACCUUCUUGCCGCAGUUCCCGACCAUCCUCGAGCCCCCGGCAACAAACGCUACUACGAAGAUGCCAUCUCCAAGACCGAGCUGCACAAGCGUGGAGAUGAUGGUGACGUGCCCAUGGACGAAGCCGCUGUUGGCAAAAAGCAUCACGGCCCUGAUGCCGACUCCGAGCGGGGAAUCUACGAGCGGCUGUGCCGCGGCGAGAAGUUUCCGCCUCUUUACAAGGACAAGGAUCUGACCUGCCAGUACAGAACAAAUGGGAGCCCAUUUCUGCUCCUCCAGCCUGCCAAAGAGGAGGUCAUGUUUCCAAAGCCGAGGAUUGUUAUCUACCAUGACGUGAUGUCCAAGCAUGAGAUGGAUGUCGUCAAACUUCUGGCACAACCAAGGCUGAAAAGGGCAACAGUGCAGAACUACAAGUCGGGGGAGCUGGAGGUGGCAAACUACAGGAUCAGCAAAAGUGCUUGGCUCAGAAACGAGGAGCAUGGGGUUAUAGCCCGUGUGACCCGAAGAAUCGAACACAUCACCGGGCUUUCGGCAGACACUGCUGAGGAAUUGCAAGUCGUUAACUACGGGAUAGGAGGACACUACGAGCCCCAUUUUGACUUUGCUAGGAGAGAAGAGAAAAAUGCUUUUCAAAGCCUCGGCACCGGAAACAGGAUUGCGACUUGGCUGAAUUACAUGAGCGACGUCCCUGCCGGCGGUGCCACCGUUUUUCCUCAGCUGCGGCUAACCCUCUGGCCUGAGAAGGGUGCAGCGGCUUUCUGGUACAACCUUCACCGGAGCGGGGAGGGAGACAUGCUGACCAGGCACGCCGCAUGCCCAGUCCUGGCGGGCUCAAAGUGGGUGUCGAACAAGUGGUUCCACGAACGAGGCCAGGAGUUCACAAGGCCCUGUGGAACCCGCAUCAACGACUGAGUCCUGCGCUCGUCGAAUGGGCAUUCGGUGAAGACAAAGAAACCCAGCUCGGUCAAAGACGGAGGGCGUGCCCGAUGGACGGCCAGAUAUUGGAACCGAGCUCAUAGAACCUCGCGAUGGGCAUGGCUCUCCAAGCAGUUGGUGCAACGCUUUGCAGACGACCACCGAUUUACCUACUCGGCCAACCUUUCCUUUGCAGGUUCUGUUUGACGUGCUAGUGGUCUCAUUCUUUACAAUUUUUUUUAUGCCAUCUAGCUUCCAGCGAUUUCUAGUUUGCAUUGCUGUUUAUCACUGUGUUACUUUUUCAUUCACUGCCCCGAAGAUUCAUUGGAAAAGGAUGUUUCGGAGGUCUCUUCGUCGGCUCAAGAGCUGUUUAGUCAAGCGAUGGUUUCACAGUGAACCUUACAAGUCCAUCUGAGCCCUGCUAUUUUCAACUAGUCAGCUUUGCUUUCUUUCUUCUUAAUGCUGCAUCCUUACAUAGUCUCUCUAGUAUGGUCGAACAAUCUGCAGCUUUGAAGAUGUGUUACUAUUUUUAGUCUUUUUCCUCUGUGAUCUUUGAACAAGGUAAACAUUGACCUGAACAGGCAGUAAAAUAAAGUUUUACGCUGCUUCUGUUUUUAAAGUUCCUAACACUCUUCGGCAAGUGCAGCGCAAGCGUCAGAUCAAGACAGGCAAGUUUCUGGAUUCUGCGAAAAUCGUCCCGAUUAGGGUAAAACAUGUUGACAACCCUCCGAUUUCUUGCACACUACUUACCCUUUUCAUGUGUAUCCCUAUAAUGUAUGCCUUGGAAAAUUGAUGCGGUUUUCUUUUGAUACUCAGCAUCAAAAUCAAAUGCCAAAGCUGUUUACAUUGGUCGCAUUCCGUGUUGUUUACUGUUCUGUCCAUCUCCUUCAACAGAAAGUGCCAUCUUUUUUUGUUUGUUAUGACAAUGUUUUUUUAUGAUGCUUCAUGCUUGUACAGUACAUGGAACAAGGCGUGGUUAUGUGUUCAUUGUUUCACAUACUUGUGCACAGCCAAAACGUUGCCACAGCAAUAAUGACCCCUUGGGUAGCUUGCAUUUUCUAUGUUUGAUACAUCUACAGAUUUAUAGAAUCUGCACAAUGCAACUGUCUGGACAGCUCCUGUGUUUUUACAAUAAAUGUUUCUAUAGGUAACCUGGA